AAAAAAGAUAAAGGAAAUUGGCUCUUCCAACUGGCAAAAAGCUUGUUUUGUUCCAACAAAAUCGAUGCCCUGGUUGUUGCUUUUCGAAGGUGGCUAAACAAGUAUGCUGGUGGUCAAGUUGAUUGGGGAGCCAAGUUCACUGGAGUCCUUCCCCCUACUCCUCCUAGGGAACAACUAAUGGACAGGUUACUGCCACAUAAGACUGAAUCCUCCUCCAAGGAGCAGCUUGCACCAAGAUGCAAUAAACUGUCACUUCUUGCCAGUGUGAAAGAAGAUACAGAAGGCAAACCCAGGAAGAUUUCUUCAUAUUGGUUUCUCAUGAAUGGCAUCAUAUGAAUUAGCACUUUAAUCAAUCAUUAACUUCCAAGCAAGGCAAUCUAGGAAUAUGCCAACGCCAGACAACUAAUCCAUUUUGUUGAUCUCCGAUGUAGUGCAUACCAACUCUUGUAUUAGCAAAACCAUGUCAAAGUUUUUUAACAGCAGCAUGGAGGGCUAACCACACCCUAGGUAUAUGACAAUGAUGAUAAUCAUAAUA